GACAAAACUUUUCGUAAAAUAAUGCUUUCCAAAUCUGUUGGUAUUUUAAUUAUUUUAAUGUUUUUAUUAUUUAAAAACAUAUUUUCAAUUCCAGUUUAUAUCGAAACAUCUAAGGAGGAUUUGCAUAGAUUUGUCCGGACAGUAAUUUGUUGCUAUGGAUGUUGCGAUAAAGAUCCGUGGCCUGGAAAAUAA